CUCUCCCCACUGUGUUUGGUUUCUGGGAAUUUGAAAGAAAAUUGGAGAAAGCUUUUGGAAUGGUUAUGUUUUAUGUUCGUAUUAAGGAUUUCAAAGUGGAAAGAGAUUGUAAAAGAAAAGUAGAACCGAAGUAGGCAAUCAAAAAAAGUUGGUUUUGUUCAAACUUGCUUUUGGGUGGAUAGAAAGGAGAAAAUUCUUUCUAUUUUGAAUUCAAAUUUUACGUUUGGUAUUGGGUUUCUUUCAUUGUAUUUGAAACAAAAUGGAGCAUUAAAUUGGGUCUUUUGCUAAUUUAUUAAAGUUUCAUUCUUUGUUUAAGAACUGUUAGAUCGAAUGUGGAUUCAAUGAGCUUGAUUUUUUGUUUCAGAUCAUCGAAGCUAGCUUUGAAAUUUCAUUCUGUGCUAGAAAGAAAUGCUGAUUCUAUUACAUUGAGUUUUUUUGAUUAAUUAAGUAGUCUUUAUUUUGUUGAAUAAGUUAUCAAGUUUGCUAUUAAUUGUGAUAUUGAUGUCAAAUAAACCAACUGUCAUUGAUUUUUCCAUCAUUUUGGAUCAGUUUUUGGUGUAAAAGUUGACUUAAAAGAUGCAACUUGUAAGUUUAUAGUGAUUAGUUUGGUUCAAUAUUAGGAUUAAAGUUCACUCCUUGAUGGCUUUCUCUAUAGUUUUCUAUGAUGCGAGAUCUGUAAACUUCUCUGAUUCAGACUUGCUUGAGUUUUUCUUCAUCUCCUUUAUUCUAGUUUCUGUGGGUUCUAGUUUAUCUGACCUGUUCCAGGGUCAUACUGCUACUUGGUAUUUCAUAUUUUGGCUCUUCCUGAGAGUAGUAGGAUUUUUAAUUUGCAGUUCGUGUUCUAGGCAUUACCAUGUGCAAGAAUGGGAAAAAAACAUGGAAAGCAAUCCCCAGUGUAGGCUGCUAAAGCCAAUUGUUUGUCUGAUGUGGGAUAGAUUAAUAGUUGGAAGCUUGCCCUGUUAUAGUUCAAAUUCAGAUGAGAUCUGUUGCCAUUUGCCUUUCAAUGUUGCAAGCCCCCAGAGGUGGAAUCCAUGGCUUAGCUAAUUUUUGUUGGGAAAGCUUCCACAGUUUAAGUGGACGUCGUGUAAACAGUUCAAGCUUCAAGCUGCUUGCUUCGAAAACCUAUGGGCUUGAAGGAGGUUACAGUAGGAGAUGGAUUAGAAGGCCUGUGACAACAAAAAUAGACGGAAGAAGCAAGACUAACCGGAACACUAAACCUAGUAACCUUGUGCAUGAAAUUUUAGAUGAAAAAGUUUCAACAAGCAGCUCUACAUUGAAUUUAAACAAAACAGAAGUAAGUGAAAGUCAACAGCUUCAGUACAGUGGUAUUCAACAGAUGAUUGCAGAGAACAAAGACUUAGCCAGCCUUGUGACAUUUAUCAUUUACGAUACCGAGACUUCAGGUCUUAGCAGAAAAGAAGACCGAAUUAUUGAGAUAGCUCUUCAAGAUCUGUCAGGAGGCGAAAACAGUACAUUCCAGACAUUGGUUAAUCCUGGACGCUAUGUUCCUAAUUCUCAUGUUCAUGGCAUCACAACCAACAUGGUCUGCAGACCUGAUGUCCCAAGGAUGGAGGAACUAAUACCAAUCUUGCUGCAGUUUGUUAAAAGCCGUCAGAAGCCUGGGGGUUAUGUGUUGUGGGCUGCUCACAAUAGUUUUGCUUUCGAUUUACCCUUUCUGAUCAAUGAAUUUAGCCGUUGCUCUUAUGAGAUUCCUUCAAAUUGGUUGUUUAUGGACACCCUUUCUCUGGCACGUGAAUUGAUUAAGUCUGGAGGAUCCAACCUCCCAUCAGGAACAUCCCUACAAGCACUUCGUGAGCACUACAAAAUUCCAUUAGUUGGUUCAGCUCACAGAGCCAUGUCUGAUGUAAGGACCUUAUCAAUGGUUCUACAGAUGUUGACAUUUGACUUGAAACUCUCACCGUCAAACCUCGUGACAAGAUCUUCCACAGCCUUGGAAUAUAUCAACAAUAAAAGGAAAAAGAAUUAAGGCUAGUUUCAAGUUGUUCUUUUAUAUACUGUAUUUAAUUAUUUACUGUAAUUCUUAACCCAUUCUUACCAAUAAAAUGCUAAGCUGCAUUUGUCCAUUCAAUCACUAUGUGUCUCGGUGUAUCAAUAACUUUCCCUGAAGAAUGAAAACAUCUUUUGUUUUCUGGAA